UACGACCAUUACUAUUUUAUCAGUAAUUUUACCAAUGUUUGACUGUAAAGUACAACAAAAAUAAAAAACUUAUGCAGGUCAUUUGCUUUACGUCUGCUAAAGGUAUUCAAAUGGUUGACGCAAGUGAGGCUGUCAUAGCAACCGUAAACAUUAAACCGAAACUUACGCAGCAAUACAAGUGCUUGGUAAACUUUUAACCAAAGCGUACAUUUUUUAUCAUGAUUCCUCCUUCCGACUCCCUGCUGAAGUAUGAUUCUCCAGUGUUAGUGAGCAAAAAUACUGAAAGGAAAUCCCCAAAGAGUCGCCCUUUAAAAGUAAGUCCUCAACAGACGUCAGUCAGUGGCCCUGUCCCACCUCCACCUAAACCCAAGAGUCCCUCAGCAGAUGCCAGCCAUCAGCAAACAGAAGAGAUCUUGAAUGCUAUUCUACCACCUAGGGAAUAUAUAGAGGACGGCCAAUUAUGGGUACAGCCGGUGUCCAGUGCACCAUGCACUCGUGCAGACGUCAUAAAUUUGCAAGAAGAGCUGUACAAAAAACUACAGCAGCGCCAGGCCAGGGAGACAGGCAUAUGCCCCGUCCGCCGGGAUCUAUACUCUCAAUGCUUUGAUGAGCUGAUCAGGCAGGUCACAAUAAACUGUGCCGAGCGAGGACUUCUGCUGUUGCAAGUCCGAGAUGAGAUCCGCAUGACCAUUGCUGCCUAUCAAACGUUGUACGAGAGCAGCGUGGCCUUCGGCAUGAGGAAAGCUCUUCAGGGCGAGCAAGGAAAGUUGGACAUGGAGAACAAGAUAUUGGAGUUGGAGAGUGAGAAGCGAGAUUUUGAGAGGCAGGUGAGUGAGCAGGUGGCUAAAUGUGAGGCUAUUGAGAGACGUGAAGCCGAGCGGAGGGAAAUUGAGGAAAAGCAGCAUGCCGAAGAGGUCCAGUUCCUCAAAAGAGCCAAUCAGCAACUUAAGGCACAGUUGGAAAGUAUAAUUACCCUGAAGAACAAACCCUGAAUUAUUAAAACAACUACACACUACAAAUAAAAGUCAGUUUUAAAUGUUCUACUUCAAUAAAU